AAUUGUUAGGAUCUUGAGACAGCCUUAAUCAUAGCGAUUUCUGUGUGUCACUGUGAGUGUGUGUGUGUGUGAGUGUGUGUGUGUGUGUGUGUGUGUGUGUGUGUGUCUGUCUGUCUGUGUGUGUGUGUGUCUGUGUGUGUGUGUGUUUGUCUGUGUAUCUCACUAAGUGCAGAGGCUGAGUUCUGUGAUCGCACAACUGCCCCUGUUCAAAUCUUCAGCACCUGCAUUUUAUUCCCUGAGUUGAAAGUAUAGAUACAGACACACACACACACACACACACACACACACACACACACACACACACACACACACACACACACACACACACACACACAGACACUCUCUCACACACACACACACACACCAACGUACGUCCCUGGAAUGCAGGCUCAGGAGACUGUCUGUCAGCUUCGCUAUGUUAGUUCCACUGCCUUCACCCUCCGUAUUGCAACGCUCCAGCACUGACAACGCAUGGAAGCCACAAUGAACCCAAGGAACACAAGCAUCUGACGGAACACACCCAAAAUGCCAUUAGGUUGGGAAUUUUAGGAUUUUGAUCUGGCGACACUGAAGAAACUUCCAUGGCAGGACGGCAAACCCAAAAUGCCCUUAGGAAGGAAUUUCUAGGAUUUUGAUCCAGUGACAGUGAAGGAAGAGUCAGAAACUUCCAAGCCAGGAUGCAAUAAGAAUGAACAAAGCGACAGAAUGUGAGAAUCCCAGGUUGGAUUCACAGCUGCAGUUGACAGACACCGAGAGAAAUGGGCCUGAUGCCAAUCACCAGACGCACUCAAACAAAGUGCCAUCAUUUUCAACAUCACCUGCACCAUCCACCUUCAGCACCAAGUUUAAGACGGAAGAUGCCAGGGCUUCACCUCAGCCACCCACACAGAUGCCUCAACAGCAACAGAGUCACCUCCCUCAGGCCCAGCUCAUGUUGGGAAGUAGUCAGCUGGCAGGGCUCACUGCUCUGUUACCAGCACAGCAGCAGCUCCUGUUACAACAGGCUCAGGCACAGUUGUUGGCAGCUGCAGUCCAGCAGAGCAGUGCCGCUGCAGUUUCCGCUCACUCCGCUCUCGAGCAGCAGCAACCAACAGCGUUAGCACUAUCGCAACCGAUCCAAAUCACCGCCCAGGACCUUCAGCAGUUACUGCAACUUCAGCAGUUGGUGCUGCUACCUGGGCAUCACCUCGCUGCCAAUCUCCAAGGACCCGCACAGUUCCUGUUGCCACAGGCACAGCAAGGACAGCAAGGUCUGCUUUCGACACCAAAUCUUCUACAGCUACCUCAGCAAAGCCAAGGGGGACUCCUGCAGGCACAACCCCGCCUGGGGCUCGCUGCACAGGCAGUGACUCGGCCAGGCCUCCCCGGGUCCAUUGCCCAUGAGCCCCAACUGCAGGGUAUCCCCCAGACACAGACGACCAAAGGUGUGGAGGCCCCAUCACAUCCCGAGGAGCCCAGCGACUUGGAAGAGCUUGAACAGUUUGCUCGAACCUUUAAACAGCGGCGCAUCAAGCUUGGAUUUACCCAGGGGGACGUCGGCCUGGCCAUGGGGAAGCUGUAUGGGAACGAUUUCAGCCAGACAACUAUCUCCCGUUUCGAAGCGCUGAACCUCAGCUUUAAGAAUAUGUGCAAACUGAAACCUCUGCUCGAGAAGUGGCUCAAUGAUGCCGAAAACCUGUCGGGAGAUGCCACGCUGCCCAGUCCAAACGCGAUGAGCAGUCCACCCAUUGGCAUCGAGGGAAUGGGAGGCCGCAAGAGAAAGAAGAGAACAAGCAUCGAGACCAAUGUCCGCGUGGCCUUAGAGAAGAGUUUUCUUGCUAAUCAAAAGCCGACAUCUGAGGAGAUAGUGCUGAUCGCAGAGCAGCUGACGAUGGAGAAGGAAGUGAUUCGGGUCUGGUUCUGUAACAGGAGACAGAAAGAGAAACGGAUUAACCCAGCCAGUAACAUCGGUGCCUCUGCAACCACCCAUUCCCACAGCAAACCCUCCAUCUACACCUCACACCUAGUAUCUCCACAGACAACAGGACUGAACCAUCCUGUCUCUCAAGGCACAAGCAGCCUGAGCACAACAGUGACCACAAUGUCUGCAGCUGGGACAAUGCACACUCCUCGGAUCACCGGGACCUCCCUACCGGCACUGAACAGCCCGACCAACUCACCAGCCAAUGGCACAAACAGUGGCCAUUCCCUGGCACUGUCUAGCAUGAGUUCGAGCACAGGGAGUUCAGUGCUGGCUGUGAACCAUGGCAUUACCCCCUCUCUCAUGGCCAACAACCCCUUGGCCACCAUGCAAGCCCUGGCGACUGGUGGGACCAUUCCAUUGACCAGCCUUGAUGCCAGCGGAAACCUGGUGCUGUCGAGCGGCACUGGCAGUGCCGGGACACCGAGCGUCGUUACCUCACCCCUCUUCCUCAAUCACCCAGGCCUGCCCCUGCUGCACAGCAAGCCAGCCGCCAUCAGUUUGGCCUCAGUGCCCUCUCUGCCAACCAGGCUGCCUGAGUCGACUCAGAGUGAGGGAUCCGCCAUCAGCCUUGAGCCACAGCGUGCUAGCUCCGAGUGACAGCCGGGGAGGAGCUGGGAGGGGGAGGAACACCAAGGAGCGGGAGGUAUUCUCACCCUGACUCUACUUCAUCAGUUCCCUCCCAGGCUAGAGGAGGAGUAACGCUGAACAGCUGACUCUCAAUGCUGACACUUCUUCCCUUGUCCCUCCUGGAGAACGGGGCUCGCAGCCCCAAUGCAUGACUUUCGGUUUCUUUUCCAGAUCGAGUUCUGUUUCCCUUUUUUCCGUUUACUCAAUGAUUUGAAGUUUUUUUUAAAAAAACGUCAUUUGUAGCAUUUGUUUUCUACCAUGUCCUGGUGGGGAGGGAGUUUCUCUAUUUAUUUAGUUUACAAAAGAUUUUAUUCAGAUACAAACUCUUCCCUCCUGGAACAAGAAAAAAACACCAGACCAAAAAAAAACGAGACUUACAUCUUGUAGUUGCAAUCCAGUGCCUGAACUCCUAGUUACAAUAGAUUCACCGAAAAAUACCAACACUGAAAAACCCAGACCCAGGCACACACACACACACACACACACACACACACACAGAUGCACGCACACACACACAUAGACAUGUACACACAGACAUACACACACAGACACACGCAUACUCACACACGGACACGCACACACACAUAGAUACAGACACACACACACACACACACACAGACUCACACACAGACAUGUGCACAUAUAUAUGUGCACACACAAAGACGCAUACAUACACACACAUAGACCUACACACACACACACACACACACACACACACACAAUGCAUGCUUUUCUUCCCCUGGCAUUUGAAAAAUGGAGAUAAACCACCGUGUGGAUUUGCAUUCUGAAAUGAAGCAGCAGACACCUCGGUCUCUGCCCCAAUAUACCUCAUAGCCAGGGUUGGGUCCCUGCAGGGGAUCCAGACCCCACCCACUCCUGACCCCGUCACCCUUUCUCUGCUGGGGUCUUUCCAUCCCUCUUUAAAGAGGACCCUGGCUUUACUCUGAAAUAUAUCGAAUAAUGAAGAAUCAAAAAUCAAGCCAAAGUGUUGUGAGAGAUGAAAUGGGCCAUUUCAAAGGGAUGGAACUGAAUAGUGUGGGACGGUGGGGCGUAUGACGCAGGGGGAGCUGGGGGGUGGGGCUAUAGGAUAUCCAGCACCCAUCCUGAUCCUUGAAUCUCUGACCUCAGUUUUUAGCUCUUUCAGCUUCCCACAGUUUAUGAUUUCAGGUGUUUAAUUCUAGACUGUGAACUGAUGUGUACACGUAUGUGGGAACCGGUGUGUACACGAGUGUGCAAACUGAGGUGUACACGUGUGGGAACUGGUGUGUACACAUGUGUGGGAACUGGUGUGUACACGUGUGGGAACUGGUGUGUGCACGAGUGUGAGAACCAAAGGGCACAUGAGUGUGGGAACUGGUGUAUACACGAAUGUGCAAACUGAGGUGUACACGUGUGGGAACUGCUGUGUACACGGGUGUGCGAAAUGAGGUGUACUCGUGUGGGAACCAGUGUGUACUUGGGUUUGGGAUCUGAAAUGAACAUGGGCAUGGGAACCGGUGUGUACACGGGUGUGGGAGGUGGGGUGUGCACAAAUGUGUGGACUAGGGUGUACACAGACCUGUAAGUCAGUGUGUACACACGUAUAUAAAUAUCUGUGUAUACUGACUAAACCAGAGGGUCCUGAGUGUGUGAGCCAGUGUGUACACAGAAGUGAACCGAUGUGUGUGUGAGAGAGCCAAUGUGCACACAGGACUGAGCCAGUGUGUACACGAGUACAGCUUUUGGAGAGUGUGUGUGCAUCGGGGUCAGAUGGAGAUCCAUCCACCUCCUCUUCUUUGAACCCACUGCUCUCCCACUCCCGCUUUUAACCCCCCACCCCAAAACCUGGAACAGAAAAUGAUCCUCACCUGCUUUAGAUGGAAUGUAUCUGUUUAGCUAAAUAGUUUUUAUAGAAGAAAUCUAUGUUCAGCUUUUAAUGCAUAUGUAUAAAGAUUAAAAAAAAACAAAAGAAACUUGACUUUAGACCAAAAAUUCUCCUAUCUCCACAUUAACCGGAUGGUGGUCAUCAGCACAAUCUGAUUCAGAGAAUUAUACCAAAAACUACCCCAGACCUGGGUCAGCGUCAGGGUCAGGGUCAGGGAGUGAGGUUGAGUUCACUCACUCACUCAGUGCUCCCCAGUGAAUGUCAGUCACAUCUCUGUUUGUAUUGUAAAUGUUUGUCAGUACAGUUAGUAUUAAUCUGUUUAAUUAAUACCAUUCUCAUUAACAUUCAUUACGUCGUUAAUAUUCACUGGUGAUUUGAAUAUUGAUCAGUGUCACCCUCACUAAUAUUUAAUCGUCAUAUUGUCACAGGAGACCAGUGCUGACAUUCACUGGGUUCAACUGAAACUGAUUAACCCAGGCCACAGGUAGAGCGGGCAG